AUGGACGACCAGGCAAAUAAGCCUCAUAGGAAGUCGAAGGACAAAGGGAGGAAAGCAAAGGACAAGAGCGGUCCGAAUGUCAAAGCCUUCGCCGUCUCCCGCCCAGGCCGUACACAAAGACAAGCAGCUAGGUCGCAUGAUGUCAAUGAAAAAAGAUUGCAUGUUCCUCUCGUGGACCGUCUUCCAGAAGAGGCACCGCCCAUUGUUGUGGCGGUAGUUGGCCCUCCAGGUGUUGGAAAAACGACCCUGAUCAAGUCGCUAAUCAAAAGAUACUCGAAGCAAACCCUUAGCUCUCCGACAGGCCCGCUAACCGUUGUAACUUCGAAACGGAGACGACUUACGUUUUUAGAAUGCCCAUCGGACUCCUUGGCCAGUAUGAUCGAUGUUGCAAAAAUUGCGGAUAUCGUGCUACUCAUGAUAGACGGAAAUUAUGGCUUUGAGAUGGAGACUAUGGAAUUUCUCAAUGCACUGUCCGCAAGUGGAAUGCCAGGAAAUGUUUUUGGGAUUCUUACACACUUGGACUUAUUCAAAAAACUGAGUACCUUGCGGCAGGCCAAAAAACGACUAAAACACCGGUUCUGGAGUGAACUUUACCAGGGUGCAAAACUAUUCUACUUGUCGGGUGUGAUUAACGGACGGUAUCCAGAUCGUGAAAUUCACAAUCUAUCCCGGUUCUUGUCCGUCAUGAAGAAUCCUCGCCCGUUGAUUUGGAGAAAUUCCCAUCCAUACUGCUUGGCAGAUAGAUUUCUUGAUAUUACGCCACCAACCACUAUAGAAGAGAAUCCGAAAUGCGAUAGAUCGAUUGCCCUUUAUGGGUAUUUACGUGGCACUAAUUUUCCUGCUAUUGGAGCCAGAGUUCAUGUACCAGGUGUUGGGGAUCUCAAUGUCGCAUCUAUCGAAGCACUACCGGACCCAUGUCCAACGCCGCACAUGGACCAAGCAGUGGCCAAAGCUACAGGAAAAUCUAACCGAAGGAGGUUGGGAGAAAAGCAAAAACUGCUUUUUGCACCUAUGUCAGAUGUCGGCGGCGUUCUAGUUGACAAAGAUGCAGUCUAUAUCGAAAUAAAAACGGCCACAUUUAAUAAUGAAGAUGAAAAUGAUAAUGAAGAGAGAGGUCUAGGUGAGCAGCUAGUAAUGGGGCUGCAAGGUGAAAGAAAACUACUGGGAGAGGCGACUGCUGGUGUGCGACUCUUUCGGGAUGGUGACACCCUUACAGAAGUUGGAACAGGGUCGAAAGGGAGAAACGAAAGGCGUAAGGUGCGCCUUGUGAGUGAUGAGGUGGGCGAAAAUGAUGUGGUUGACGAGGAUGAGGGGUUUGAAAGUGUGGAGGACGACGCAGAGGAGGGUGAUGAGGACGGUGACAAUGUAAUACCGCCACUCGAUUUUGACGCACGCUUUAUGGAGAACCAGACUGCUACGGCUCACGAGAAGGAUAGUGAUAUCGAAUUUGCGGAUAGUGACUCGGAUCUUGGGUCUGUAUCAUCUGUUGAGGAUCAGGACUUGGAGAGCGCGCCUAGCGACUAUGAUGACGACGGUAAUGAAGACGGCGAUGGAACUCUAAAGUGGAAAGGGAACCUUGCAGCUCGAGCGAAAGCUUUAUUCAAGAAACCAGCCUAUCGAAUCGCAGAACUAACGCGUAUGCUAUAUGAUGAAUCAAUACCCGCAGAAGAUGUUGCAAGUAGAUGGCGUGGGGACGAUAUGCCAGAGGAUGAUCAGGCCACCGAAGAUGUGGAUGAUUUCUUCAGGAAAACUAACGCUGAGAAACAAGAGCUUGAUGAUCGAAUAAUUCCAGUUUACAAUUAUGAAGAACUUGAGAAGAAGUGGCGGGACGAAGAGAAUUUAGAGACAUUACGGCAGAGAUUUGCUAGUGUCAAAUUCUCGAAGCAUGCAUCCGACGAUGGAGAGAAUUUUGAUGAAGAGGACGACAGCGACUCUGAAGGUGACGGCGCUUUUGAAGACCUUGAAACUGGUGAGGUUAUGACAGGAAACCGGACAAAUGAUGAAAUCGAGAAGGUUGGCGAGGGCAAUAGUGAGGGUGAGAGCGAGUCCAAUAAUAUUGAAAUGGAGCGCGAAAAGAACGCGAAACGAAAAGAAGAAUUAAAACUUCGAUUUGAAGAAGAAGAUAGGGAAGGAUUUGCUAAUGCAAAAGAUAAUGUGCGGGCGGAUGAAGGCGAAGAGCAGUUUGGUGAAGAUGAGUGGUAUGAUGCUCAGAAAGCUGCGCUUCAAAAGCAGCUCGAUAUAAAUCGAGCCGAAUUCGAUAACCUCGACGCUCUCUCAAGAGCGAGAGCAGAAGGCUAUAGAGCUGGAACAUAUGCACGCAUUGUUUUGGAAAAUGUUCCUUGCGAGUUUUCAACGGGCUUUAACCCACGGUUUCCUGUCAUAAUAGGAGGUUUAGCUCCGACAGAAAAUCGAUUUGGAUUUGUUCAGGUUAGGAUUAAGAGGCAUCGCUGGCACAAGAAGAUUCUCAAGACAAAUGAUCCUUUGAUCUUUUCCCUUGGAUGGCGACGAUUUCAGACAUUACCCAUUUACAGUAUAUCAGACUCACGUACCCGAAAUAGGAUGCUAAAGUAUACCCCUGAGCACAUGCAUUGUUUUGGAACAUUCUACGGCCCUCUUGUUGCACCUAAUACUGGUUUCUGUUGUGUUCAAUCUUUUUCCAACAAAAACCCGGGGUUUAGGAUAGCCGCAACUGGAGUGGUGUUGAGUGUCGAUGAAGGGAGCGAGAUCGUGAAGAAACUCAAACUCACUGGCCACCCGUACAAAAUCUUUCGCAAUACUGCAUUUAUUAAAGACAUGUUCAACUCAGCCCUCGAAAUUGCAAAAUUUGAAGGUGCAGCUAUCCGAACUGUCUCCGGUAUUCGAGGCCAGAUUAAGCGCGCUCUCAGUAAACCUGAGGGUCAUUUCAGGGCAACAUUCGAAGAUAAGAUUUUAAUGAGCGACAUCAUCUUCCUUCGCACCUGGUAUCCAAUAAAACCAGUACGAUUUUACAAUCCCGUUACCAAUCUUCUCGAUGCCGAAGACGAAGAAGGAAAUGGUGGAUGGAAAGCCAUGCGUCUCACCGGUGAAGUACGAAGAGACCAAGGAAUCCCUACACCCCUUCAAAAGGAUUCCGCAUACCGCCCUAUAGAACGACAGACAAGACACUUCAAUCCCCUCCGCGUACCACGACAGCUUGCCGCCAACCUCCCUUUUAAAUCUCAGAUUGUAAAAAUGCGGCCGCGCAAGCAGGAGACAUAUAUACAAAAAAGAGCUGUCGUCCUAGGCGGCGAAGAGAAGAAAGCUCGAGAUUUGUUGCAGAAAUUGACGACAAUGCGGAACGAAAAGGUGGCGAAACGGCACGCAGCACAGGAGGAGCGUAGACAAGUCUAUAGAGCCAAGGUUGCGGACAGUUUGGAGAAGAAGGCAGCACGAGAGAAAAGAGAGAAGCAAGAGUUUUGGAACCGCGAGGGUAGAAAGCGGAAGAAUGAAAACGGAGAUGGCGGCAGCCGCAAAAAGAGGGGGUAA